GAAUUAACUUGCUAAAAAAAAUAGUAAUUAAGAAAUUUUAUAUAUUUAAGCUAUAGAAAUAUUAUAAGGACAAAAGUAUAAACAUUUAAUAUUAUAGAUAAGAAGUUUUUGUAAAGCACAAAAGCAAGCUUAGUAGAUGAAUCAAUCAAAAUGGAAAAGACUUUAUUAGAAUGUAUUAUUUAAAGGAUUACAAGAGGAAUAAGCGAGAGAUUAUAUACAUGCUGAUUCUCUCAAAAAUCUUAAUAUUUUAGCCAUUUUGUUUCUUUUUUUAUUCUAAUUAAUUAUUCUUAUAUCUACUGAGUAUGAUGAAACUAGCUAAAAUAUUAGAAUCAUAGUCUGUACUCUAUUAUCAAUUAUUGUUAAUCUUUUGUGUUACACUUAGCUCAAUAGAAAGGCUUCUAAAUUUAGGGAGUUAUAUUUUCUAUCUCUGAUUUUCUUAUGGAUUGGCUCAUAUUAUAAUUAUAUUGAUCAAUUAUCAUCAUAAAUUUUACAAAAAUCAGUGACAAUUGUAGAAAUUUAAAUUUACUUUUGCUAUUUUGUUGUUAACAAUUAAAAUUUUGCUAGAUUAAUCACUCUAACAUUUGGUUAUACAAGAAUAAUUAUUGGGUUUAGAUUUUGGAAUGAAGCUACUCUUAAAUAGGACAUUAUAGGAGUAACUUUUUUUGCUAUCUCAUUUAUGCUAAUUGUUAUAUUUCUAUGGGUUUUAAAGUAAAAUAAUAUUUAAUGUUAUCAAAGCAAGCGCAAAGAAUAAUUACGAUAUAUUGAGCUUCAAAAAAUUCUUGAUAAUGAUAUUUAGUAAGGGAUAAUGAUAAUUACUCCUAAAAAACCUCAGAACAUUCUUUCUGUAGGUGACUUAGAGGUGAAGUAUGUAAAUAAUUGCUUUCUUAAUCAAUUCAAUAUUUAAGCCUCUGAAGCUCUUAGCAUUCUUCCUCUUAUUCAUGCAAGCAAAUUAAAAAAUGCUAAUGAUAAUGAAGUAAAUAGAUUUAGUAUUAAAGACUCUGUCUAAAUAAAGCAACAAACAACAGAAAAUGAUAUUUAAAAAGAAGUUAUUCCACAUUCCAUAAAAGAUAUAAAAGCUGAAAUAUAAAUAUCAAACUAAUAAAAUAAUCUACUGAACAAUUUUAUAGCAAAAACUAAUUAGAAUUAAAUAAAACCUAUGCUAAAAAUACAUAAAUUACCUCAAAGCACAGAUUACAAGUAAUUAAAUGAACAGGGGCCACAGGAUUUAAACAGUGUAGCUGAAUCAACAAACAUUAUUUAAGAAGAAAAAGGAGAUUAAGUACAUAAUUUACCUAAACCACUCAAAAGUAAUAAAAGAAGUGGAUUUGAUAAUUAUACUAAUUUUCCUUCAAGCAUUCAGCAUAGCUUUAAUAUUUCCUCUUAAACAGAACACAAUUCUCAAAAUAUUUUAGUAAGCGUAAAUAAAUUAAAUAAUUAAAGCUUAGAACCUAAAAAUGGUAUCAAUAAAAGUGAUAAAUUUUAGUCAGCCGAUUGUAUUUAAUAAAACGAAAAUUAAUAAGAAAAAAUUAAAUUGUAAUUGAAUAUAAAUAAAGACCAGUCUUCAAAUAAAAAAGAACUAAAUUUCUUUAAGAUUUCAAAUCAAAAUUCAAGCUUGUAAUAGUUUAAUGAAAUAGUUAUCAAUACCAAUAAAAUUUCAGCAAAAUAAAACUAAGGCAGCACAUUAACAAAUAGAGAAGGUAGCAGCAGAGCAAUUAACAUUCCUACUUCUAGAAAUAGGAUAGAGAGUUUUAAUAAAAAUAAAGGUAGUUCUUUUUAAAAUUCACCAGGUUUAGCUUGUGGUGAUAACGUGAUUACACUAUUAGAUAAGAUUAAUUAUUACCACUAAAAAUACUUGCAGCACAAAGAAAAGAGCUUAUCUUUUUCUCAAAGAAAUAUCAUAGAUGACUCUUAAUAUAAACAGUCUUUAGUGAUUUGGGAAUAUAGAAAAGAUGAUAAAAACCUAUCUUAGGAAUAAAAAAAUAGAAGUAAUAAUUAAUAUCCUUCAAAUCAAAAAAUUGGAAGCAUACCAGAAACUUAAAAACAGUUAAGGUUCUAGUCAAUUAAUAAUAUUUUACAAAUUAAUGAUGAUAAAAUAGAAAAUAAUAAUUAAAUAUUCUCAUAAAAUGAAAAUGUUUAACAGAAUACAAGUACUUCUGUCGAAUAAGCUUUAAGAAAUGCUUAGAUCAAAAUAAAUUAAAAUUAAAAUAAUGAAAUACAAAUUACCAAAAGUAAUCAUACUAACACUGAGCAUGAACAGGAUAAUGAUAUUCAUGAAUAUGCUAAUUAACCACUUGAAAGCGAUAAAAUAAACCCUGAUAACAAUUUUAUUAACUUGAAAUCUGACAAAAAUGGUUAAUAUUUCAAUAAAUAAGACAAUUAUGAAGUUAAACCUUAAGCUUAUUAAAAUACAACUUUGAUUCCAUCUACCUUUCAAAAAAAGGCUGCUCAAAAGAUAUAAACUCAAUAUCCUUCUAACUUAGAAAACACUGAUACUUAUAACAAUAUUAGAAGUCCAUCCAUGAGUUAAAGGAUAACUCAAUUCACAACACAAACCAAUAACAUCUAAGAAAAUUAAAAUAAGUAAAACAAGAGUGUCAGAAGAAUUUCAAACAACGGUCAUAAUCUUGUAGCAAAAAAAAUCGAUGAGAACAUUUUAGAAAUUACAAGAGAGUAAAAAGUUAAAAGUAAUGUAAAUAACAAUUAAAUAGAUUAAGGAGAGCAAAUAAAUAAAAGCAAAGUCGAUGAUGAUGAAGAUGAAGAAGGGGAUGACAGACGAUAUCUCGAAAUAAAAUUAUUUGAAUGCGAGAUGGAUAAAGAAGAAUCAAUAAUGCUGAUUGUAAAUAAUAUUAAUUAGAGGAUAAAAUAUGAAAGACUAAAGGAAGCAUAGAUGAAAAAUUAAUAAAUGCUUGCCAACGUAACACAUGAUCUAAAAACUCCUCUUAACUGUAUAACCUUGAUGGUUGAAGGAAUGAAAUUAGAAAAAUAGUAUAAUGAAUAAACAAUUAAUAUGAUUCUAGAGAAUUCCAAUCUUCUCAUGUGUUUGAUUUAAGAUAUACUAGACUACUCUUAGAUCAAAAAAGGAAAACUUCGUCUUGUCUAAUAAUAUUUUUAUGUUUCUGAAAUUAUUCAGGAAGUUAUCAAUCUCUUCUAAAUGUAAGCAGAUUAAAAAAAUAUUAAAUUAAUCUCAAAUAUUUAUCGUUCAAGCAAUUCUUCUGUAAAUACAAGCUCGAAUUAUAACAACAACAAUUUAGGAUUAAAUACUGCUAAUCAAUAUCUGAAUGUCUAUAACGCUCCAAGCCAGCCAAUCCUAAUUCAUUAAUAAUUGAUUCAAACAAAUAGAAAUCAUAACAACUCUUUAGUAACUAAUAAUGAGAUGCAAAGUUAAGUCAAUAUGAAUGAAUAGACUAAAAAUAUUCAUAUGCAUUAAGAUAAAAAUAGGAUUAAGCAAAUUUUAAUUAAUUUGAUAAGCAAUGCCUUGAAAUUUACUACAGAGGGUUACAUUGAAAUAAGCUGUGAAAUAAAAGAUCUAGAAGAAAAUUCCAAUAUCAAAAUAGUUGAAUUUUCGGUUAAAGACACGGGAGUUGGUAUGAAUCCUCAUAUUAAGUCUCAACUCUUCAAGGUUUUUAAUACUUUCGAUUAAAAAGGUCUGAAUAAGAAUGGAAUAGGUUUAGGAUUGACAAUAUGUAAAAGGCUAGUUACUUUUCUAGGACCAUCAGAUCAUAUUGAUGUAGAAUCAGAAGUUUCAAAAGGAUCUAAAUUUACAUUUAAGGUCUACAAAGAUCUGAGAGAUAUCAAUAACACUCAUCACUCAUUAUCAGAUGAGUCUGAUGAAUCCCCAGAUAUUAAUAGCAAAUCUGUAUUCCACGAUCUAGCUAAAAGCAUUAAAAAAAAUUAUACUUUAAAAGAAGAAGAUUAAAUAGAAGAUUCCUAACUACUUGUUAAUUCACUCCCUUGUUCUAAUGCACACCCAAAUAUAAAAUAGCUCUAUGAAAAAGAUAGCCUUGUUAAAGCAAUAAACACUGAAGAUACACCUAAAUCUGCUGAUGUUUAAAACUAAUUUAGUAUGCUAAUCGUAGAUGAUCAACCAUUUAAUAUUAUGGCAUUUAAGAUAGUCCUAAAAAAUUUUAAGCAAAUAACAAUCACAGAAGCAUAUAAUGGCAAAGAUGCCUUUGAAAAGUUUUAAAAAUAAAAGUUUGACUUUGUGUUAAUGGAUUACAACAUGCCUAUUAUGAAUGGAUAUGAGUCAACAAAGCUCAUUAGGAUGUAUGAAUAGCAAAAUAACCUAGUUCCUUCGAAGAUUAUAAUAGUGUCUGGAUUUGAUGAAAAGUAAAAGGAGUAUUAAAAAGCAAUGUUAGGUGGCGCUGACGAUUUUUUAACAAAGCCUGUUAAUUUUAAGAUAAUAACAGAAAAACUUAAUUCUUACAUGAGUAAGAUUAAUUGAAAAAGAAAAAUAGUAAAUUAUUAAAUUAUUAAAUUAGUAAAUUAAAAAAAUUGAAUGGUAUUAAAGAAGUGAAUUAAUAGCUAUUAAAUU